AUGGUGGCUGUGAAUGGGGUUCUGCGUGACAAGUCGUGGAAGUAUGCGACGAGGACACCUCUGUCGCUGCCAGGGCGCGCUGCAGUCGCGCUGCUCUCUGCAGCUGGUGCACUUAUGGAUCCAAAGCGCGCCGACCUCGUGGCGGCCCUGGGGGAGACCUCCGGAGGGGACAGUUUCAGGCGUAUGCGCGACCGGAUGCUGGCGUCCAGCACGGGUCGCCAGAUCCUCGAAGACAGACCCAGGAUCACCAAGGAGUUCAUGGAGCGAGCAGCGCAGCUGCCCCCCAACACCCUCGGCGGGGCCUAUGCAUCCUUCAUGGGCCGCCGCGGGUUCGACCCGGACGAGCGCGCGCCCGUGCGCUUCAUCGAUGACGACGAGCUCGCAUACGUCGUGCAGCGAGCGCGCGAGGUGCAUGAUUUGUGGCACGUGAUGUUUGAGUGCCCUACGACUGUCCUGGGGGAGCUGCAGCUCAAGGCGCUCGAGUUCGUGCAGACCGGCAUGCCGAUGUGCGCGCUCUCCGUGCUCGGCGCGCAGACGCGCCUGCGGGCGUCGGACCGGCAGCUGCUCUGGUCGACGUACGUGCCGUGGGCGGUCCGCGCGGGGACGCGGUCGCGCGACCUGAUGUGCAUAUACUACGAGAAUCACCUCGAGGACGACCUGCAGGAGUUCCGGGCGCGAUUCCGGAUCGAACCCGCGCCGCGACGACCAGACGCCCGGCCAGGCUGGUAG